AUGACCCUAACGUUCAGUGGAGCAACUGGACGACUGAUGAUGAUGGAAAACAAAGUCAGCAAAAUCUCUGCGAAAGUGGACCAGAACUUCCUCUGGUGGAACUCGAGUGCCGGUAAUAACGUCAACUCUACCCAGACAUCCGGUGCCUACAUCUUCAGGCCUAACGGGACUGCUCCUUUCGAGAUCAACGGGAGCAUUGCCAAGACUAAAGUCAUCGAUGGUCCCGUAUUUACGGCAGUGAUACAAGAGUGGGCUCCAUGGCUAUACCAGACUAUCAGCCUUCUGAAAACUCCGGCAUCUCCAACUGCCAUUUUCUCUUACAUCGUGGGCCCCAUCCCUUUCCAGGAUGGGUUGGGUAAAGAGAUCAUCAGCAGGUUCACUACUGACCUCAACACAAAGUCAAAGUUUUACACUGACUCCAACGGUCGUCAGAUGUUGGAGAGAGUUCGAAAUUACCGACCGACGUGGAAGUACAAUAACACAGAGCCAGUCACCGGCAACUACUACCCUGUGGACAGCCGCAUCUUCAUCAAGGAUGAGGAUCGUGGGGUUCAGUUCACGGUCAUGAAUGACAGAGCUCAGGGUGGGUCUUCUCUCAACGAUGGACAACUGGAGCUCAUGGUCCAUCGUAGGACUCUCUACGAUGAUUUCCGAGGCGUGGGAGAGCCACUGAACGAGACAGGUCAGACCGGAGAAGGUCUCAUCAUCACUGGAGUCCACGUCGCCAUUCUCGACAACUUUGUCAAUUCUACCAUCUACCACAGAAUUAUAGGGGAGGAUCUUAUGCUGAGGCCGCAGUACCCCAUAACUCCUUCAAACCUCUCGUAUGCAGACUGGAUCGGCAAGUAUCCAUCCUAUUCGGUUGGGUUGACAGUGGAUCUCCCACUAAACGUCCACCUGCUAACACUGGAGAGACUAGACCACACCCACCAUCUACUGAGACUGGAACAUCAGUACCCUAUCGAUGAAGCCCCUCUCAACACCACCGCCAAUGUCACUCUGGAGGAGUUGUUCCAGGAGAUGAAGGUGGUUGCGGUGGUAGAGCUGGGACUGGGAGGCAACGCCCUUCUAUCUGACAUACACAGACUCCACUGGAACACCGCCUCCUCAAGGACACGUGGAGGAAGAAGGCCAACAGAGAAGCUGUCUCCUCCGUUCACCAUUGAGCUAAAGCCAAUGGAAAUCCGCACCUUCAACAUCACCGUUACCUACUACUGAUGACUUUCACUGUCAGUAUUGUGGUUAUUGGAACUUUGUAGUGACUGAACUUCGUAAAAACCCUGUAUACAUGUAUGCAUGGUAUAGUAAUGAGAUUUUCUGUAGUAUGUUUGUUGUCCAUCUAGUAGAGAAAUGCGAUUUGUUGUCCAUCUAGUAGAGAAA